AUGAUUCAAGUGCCUACACCGCCCGUAUCGCGGUCAGGUUCAGAGCCUCGAACAGUGAAGCCCGCGGAGGACCAGUCGGAGUUACUUCAGUCAUUAGAUGUUUUGCUGGAGCAGUACCUCCAUCUGUUGGAUCGCCAGCAGAAAUUGCAAUAUGGAUUGGCGAAAGAGCUGUCCUCAGGAUUCUUGGCGCUGGCCCAUGCAAACUACACCUGUCCUCCUGGCCGACGAUAUGGAGCCGACUAUUACGAUGAGCGGAUGAAAGCGAUACGAAAAAUCUCGAUCCGAACCGAACCAGACGAGCAUGUCACCAAAGAAAAGGAGAACUCGGAAAACCCAACGCAAUUACAAACCCAAGCGCCCGAGACUCAGUAUAGCUUCGCCUUGAACCGCAUACCGCAGCGUACAUCCGUGUCUGAAUCGCAGGAGACAACUGAGACGGAGGGAAAUACCUUAUCGACUACCGAGCACCUCCAGACCGAAACACCCGCACCGUCCAAUGACGGAGAAGACGCGAAAGAAUCCAGCUCUGAGGAGAACAGCGAUGACACUAAAUCUUCCGUCAAGUCUAAUGCUCCUAAGAAGAAGUUUCACUCGGACGAUCCUAUCCAUUGGUACGGCAUCCUAGUGCCGGCCUCGUUGCGCAAUGCCCAGCGAUCUUUUACAGAGGCAACCCAGAGUCAAGUGCCCGAGCUGGCCGGCGUGAUUGUGGAAAUGCGAUCCCUGGAGCAGAGAAUCACUAAGAUACGAAAGGAACUAGGGGUCGAGCCAUUGGAGAAAACGAGCUCUCCUUGA